AUGGCCAACAUAAUCAAGUCUGAAGGCAAGUCACCAGCUCACCUGCAUGAAGAUAAGCAUUCUGACAUCGACAUAGCUAAUACACCAUCCGAAACUCACUUCAAUGGCAGCCUAGUUGACGACGACACGACCAACGCCGUAAAGUCCAUCCCUCUUCUAGUUCCAUGGCCUGGCUCUACCUUUCUUAUCCGCUCUGUUGUCUCCGGAAAUGUCAUUACGCUCUUGAAUGGGAAAGUCCAGUUAUCCAAGCCCGGCGGACAAGGCUCUAUCUAUUGGCAGUGCAUUGAGCAUAAAGGUAGACUCAGCUUUCGCAAUCCUGUUUCAGGCCAACUACUAGGCUUCAACGAAGAUCACCGUGGGCUCCACCGGCUGUGUUGUAAUCAAAUAUGGCACGGUAAAAAGGAAUAUUUCGAAGCUAGGGUCAAGCCGAGCGGCGACUGCAUAAUGCUUGUGUCGUCAUCUGAAGACAACUUCUGGUAUAUCUCAAGCGUGCAGGAACAUGAUGAAGAGACGUUGACGGUAGGAGGACCGGAAGAGACUGAUGCAAAGGCAUGGGAGUUUUUGAAGGUCUAG